CGCCAUCAGUUGUGUUUUUGACAUAACUUGGUUAUGUGUGGUAUUUUUGCAUACUUAACCUAAAAAUUACCAUUCGUGUAAUUUUUAAUUUCUUUAUAGGUUCAAUAGGGUCUGAAUAAAAUAUCAAUAAAAAUUUUGCAAAAUGGCAGAACAAGUAAAUCAGCGUAUUGAGGAUAUGAUAAAUGAGUUGGAGCAGAUGCGUAGGACAAACUUAUUUGAUGAUGAAGAAAUAAGAGAAUUAUCACGAAAACGGAAAGAGUUCGAGUAUAGAAUACAGAGAAGAGUAAAACAGAAAGAAGAUUUUGUGCACUACAUAGCAUUUGAAUUAGCUCUGCUCCAAGAUAUAUCACUCAGAAGGAAGCAAGCAAAACUGGGUGAAAAGAAAAAAGACAUUGAAUAUGCAAUAGCCAAACGUCUAAACAAAGUUUUCAAACAAUUUAUAUAUCGAUUUCAAAAUGAAGUUGAAAUAUAUUUUGAAUAUAUAAUAUUCUGCCAAACUGUUGGUUUUAAUUCUGCAGUUUCUGGAAUUAUAGGGCAAAUGUUACAGAUACAUGGUGACAAGCCUAAGAUGUGGUUGAUGGCAAGUAAAUGGGAGAAACAAGAACAACAAAACCUGGAAAGUGCUAGAAGUUUUCUAUUAAAAGGAAUUCAUCGCCAUCCCGAAUCUGAUAUUCUAUAUUUAGAAUUAUUUCAAAUUGAACUAAUUUUAUGUGCCUCUUUUGAAAAGGAGGAAGAGAAGGAAAAGCAAAUUAAGAGGGCUGAUGUUGUGUGGAAAAAUGGAUUGAAGAGUUUAAAUAAUCUGAAAUUUUUAUUUAACUUAUAUGACACAUGCAUAAGAUUUGAAGCUGAUAAGUCCAUAACAGAGUGUAUUAAGCAGGAAAUUUGGUCAAGAACUAGCAACAAAGAAGUAUGGUCGUAUAUAGCUUCUAAAGAAUUGGAAGGCUAUCACUGGAAGGAGAUUGAAGAGUUUGUUACCUGUGAAAAAAAAUAUUCAAAAGAAUUGCAAUAUUAUAUAGGAGUUUAUCAAGAAGCACUUCAAAAGUUCCCAGAUGAAAAGUUGUGUACUCAAUAUAUACAUGGGUUAUUAGGUGCCAAUGAAACAGCUUGCACAGAUUUACAAAAAAUUUCUGCUGUUAAAGAGGCCUGGUAUUAUGGACAUGAUAAUGGUAUAUUAAGUACUGAAAUUUUUGCAUUUGGUAUUGAAAUAUUGAAGAUGGAAAAUGAAAUAUCGGAUGAGAAGCUCAGUGAGCUCUUAGACAAUGUAUCAAUGAAUAUAUAUCAUGAUAAGUUUAUUUGGGAAGAAAAACUCAAGUUGUGUAAAUCAGAUGAAAAGAAAAUGCUCUCUGUGCUUCAAGAUGCUACAAAGGUCUUAAAAUCAGAAGCAGCUCUAUCGCUAUGGAAUUCAAUGAUAGAUAAUAUAGAAUCCAAAGAUUCUUUGAAAAAUUUAUACAGAAGAUUCCAGAAUUGUGAAAGUGCAGUGCUACUUGCUUUGAAACCAAAAUUACUUCAUAAGAUGUAUGAGUACAGUGGCUUAAAGGCAGCGAGAGACAUGUAUGAGGAACUAAUAAAAGCACCACCCACACAGAUAGAGACUCACACAGUUAUGAUAGACAUAGAAAAAGCUCAAGAUAAGAAGAAUAUUAAAAUUAUCAGAAAAUAUUAUGAGUGCUUAGUGCAACAUCAUGGAAAGGAAAGUAUAGAAGUAUGGAUGGAUUACAUAAAGUUUGAAUCAGAACUAGGGAAUGCCCAAUUUGCACCAAAUAUUUACAGAAGAGCAAUUGGAGCCUUAAAAAAGGAAUUAGUAGAUGAAUUCAUAAAAGCUCAAACUUUAUCAAAAAUAAAAUAAAUAUUUAUUACACUGCAGUGUUUUGUUUUAAAAAUGAUAAUACCUUUGACAAAUGAAUUUUAUUUAUUUAAAUAUAACCACACCAUGGUUCAACAACCUAGCAAAAUGAAUGUCCACAUGGUACACCAUUUAUGCUAAAAAUUAUUUACACUUUCAUUUUACACAAUAUUUUAAACUCACUACAAGAGUUUGAAUCUACUUUGGUGAUUGUGGAAUAACACUUAGCAAAUAAACAAAUAGGUAAAUGCAAUUUAUAAUGUAAUAAGGUGUUUACUGCAAUGCUCCAAUAGGAGCAAUGUAAUACCUAAAGAUAAGGGAGGAACCACGUUUGUGUUGCUUAUUUCUGAGCAAUUCUCUCCAGCAAGUUUGCCAUGAUGGAUAGGUUGGCAUCAAAGGUGGGUUGCCAGCUUUUAAGCUGCAUCCUGCUACAGCCAUGCAGGUAGACACCACUACUAAUGGAUAAGUAAUAGUACUGGUCACAAAUGUUAGUAAUGGGACUGUAUAAUAUCUCAAGUCUUUGGUCUUGACAAAAUAUUUGUUUACGUAGUAUGCUAACACACCAGUCACAGCUAUACAUGUCAAAUCUCCAAGUAUCUUUGGAAUAAUUCCAUGAAAGAAUCCGCGUAUACCAUCGUCUCUGUAGAUGGUUACAAUGGCACCAAUAAGGGAGCUAUAAUCCUCUUCUUUCCCAAUAAAUGAGGCCAUCAUUCGAACAGACACAACAUGGAAUGGAUAAGAUACAAUCACAGAAGCUGUUUGCAUUAUCAUGUCUCGUCGCCCGAGUUUGAUGUAAUCUUCAGCUCUAGGUUCUUCAUCUGUCACGAUAUUGGGUGGGUCAUUGAUUUCAGGAAGGUCGAUGCCACACGCAUUGAUUACUUUGGAUGUGAGUUGACUGGAUGCAAUUAAUCCAAGAACUCUGGCAGAGAGGCCUCUGUAACAGCCAAAGAAUCCGUCUUGGGUUUUGAUAUACUUGAUGUAUUGGAAAACGUUAGGUAAUAUCAUGGCAGGGCGUCCAAACAGUGUCGUCGAUCGGCGCGGUGCCAGUGGUUCGUAACCAAGUUGAAUUAGUACUUUCGCAUAUUCCAUAGGAUGGCAUAUUGUCGUGACGAGCAAUUGGGAGGGGAGGGCAGCUAUUUUCUCUUUUUCUAUUUCGUCCAUUAUCUGAUAAUUUCACGACCUUCUGAAAUCAAAAAUGACUGUCCAUCGACAAAAAUUUGUUGCGCAGAUUUGUUGUCAAAUGUCAUUU